AUGUUAUUAAAUUAUAUACUAAUACCAAUUGUAAUUGCAUCCUAGGAGUCUUGUCAACAUUACAUGACAUCCCUUUUGGUGAAAGCUGAAAUUGAAGGAUACAAGAAGCUUUUUGAAGAUAUAUGGCCAUAUGUAAGUUUAUCAGGAACAAGGUACUAUUUGUUAUUAUAAGGUAGUCUUAAUCAAUUUGGUAUGUUUGAAACUUGUUUAAGAAAGGGAUAUUAUUAUUCAAGUCUGAAAAUAGAAAUGGAACCCGUGCCCAGUUAUUAUGGAUUAUGUCAUUCAAGAGAAUGUACAACGGAUGACUUCAAUGAUGAAUAAUUUUAGUCUGAUUUUAAGGAGUUGAUCAAUUCAACAGGGAUCUUAGAUACAUAUAAUGUAAAAUUGAAGUUAUUCAAGGUGUCAUUAGACAAUGCUGAUUUCAUUUUUUAUGACCCUCUUAAUUAUAAUAAGAAUUCAGGUGUUAUGUUCAUAUUGACACUUUUUCUUAUUGGAAUGUUGUUGCUCCUAAGUUGUUUCAAUCCAAUAUUUUGUUAGUUAAUAAAUAUCAAAAGAUAAGUCAAAGUUUCUAUUAAUAUAAGAGAUAUUGAAAAUAAUGAAAAGCAGGAUGAUGAAAAUUAAGGAUUGACAAACAAUUAGAUUCCAGUUGUAAAACAAGAGGAAACGAAUAAAUUGUGUUUCUUAGAUUAUUCUAUUUAGACAAGUUACAAUACACUAUUCACAUUCAAAGAUCACGAUACAAAUUUAAGUAUUAUGGAGGGAUAUAGAUCAAUAGGAUUUUUUAUGGUGAUCUUUGGUCAUCAAUUUCUAGAUUUAGCUAAAUCUUCAUUUAGAUUUGAAAUGAUAGCGUAAUUGAAAUCGUGGUUAUGUUUAAACUUAGUUAAUAUGCUAUAUAGUGUAGACAUGUUCUUUUGGCUUGGUGGGUUUUUUAGUGCUUACAUGUUAUUGGAGAAGAGCAAAGUGAAACUAGUGAAGAGAAAUGGAUUCUCAAUAUUUGGAUUCUUAUUACAUAGGAUAUUGAGAAUUUGGCCUUGUUAUGCAAUAGCCAUUCUGAUAAGUUCAUAGUUAGUACCAUACUUAGGAGAUGGACCAAGAUGGUUUAUGGCUUUGGAUCGUUUUGAAUGUGCAACAGGAUGGAGAAACCUAAUAUUUAUAGAUAACCUCUUCUAUGAUACUUAAUAUUGUUUUCCAUGGGGUUGGUAUUUAUCAACGGAUAUGCAAUUGUUCAUCUCUUGUUUGAUUCCGGUGUUCUUUUAUGCAAAAGUCAAUUCAAAAGUCGCCAAGGCUAUGAUAGUAUCAUUGUUAAUAAUCACUCAAACUAUUGGAACAGUGAUGUCAUUAGUGAAUGAGUAUUUGUUGCCUCCUUUCGCUUUGACUUAACCGAAUAUGCAUUAGAAUUACUACACGAAACCAUUUACGAGAGGUCCCCCAUAUUAUUUGGGAUUCCUAUUAGGAGUUUUAUACAGAGAAUUGAAAGAAAAUAAUGUGAAUGCAUUAAGUAGAUUAUAGGCAUUUGCUUAACAGAGACAACUUAAUUUUAAGUUGUUUUGCUAUUUAUUGGGUAUAUUAAUUAUUGGAGGAAUAUGGUUUGGAUGGAGACCGGCUCAAUUGCAUUAUGAACAUUAGGAUUAUUGGAAUAAAACCAUUUAGAGUUUCUGGUUUGCCUUUUGUCGAUUAGGAAUAGCUUUGGGAAUGAGUGUCUUAUGUUUGCCAUGUCUAUUUGGGAUGAAAGAUGUAUUCAACAUGACGUUUAUGAGGAACAAUUACUUUAGGUUUAUUAACAAGAUUUCCUUUUCUGGUUACUUAAUACAUUAGAUAAUAAUCUUUGGAUUACUAGGGCAAUUCUAUUAAACGCCCAAUUUCUCAUUCGAAACUAUAUUCACACUUUACAUUGGGAAUUUGUUUAUCACUCAAAUAUGUUCAACAUUGUUCUAAUGGAAAACAGCCUUAUGA